UUUCUAAAUUUUUUUCCGGGAUGUCAAUAAUUUGUAACUAACCUUCCUGUGACGUGGUGGUGGUGGUGGUGGUGGUCGUGGUCGUGGUGGUGGUGGUAGAGACAUUCCUAACGCUACCACCAUCACGACCGCUCCUAACCAGUACCAUAACAACAACUAUUACUACUACUACUACUACUACUACUACUACUACUACUACUACUAUUACUAAGAAAUGGAGUAAUAGUUGUAGUUGAAAUAGUACUUACAUUACUAACCUACAUAAUGCUUCCUACUACUACUACUACUACUACUACUACUACUACUACUACUACUACUACUACUAAAUAUCUACUACCACUAUUAUUGCUCAGCGCUCUUCUACAACUAUCAACCAGCCAACAACCAUCGCCACCUGACCUGGUGGUGGUGGUGGUGGUGGCGGGGCACACACCUGAAGACGGCCACCUUAGACUCAUUAGGACCGCAAAGCAUGCUGGGAUCACUACACAGUUGGUGCGGGUGGAGGAGCGGAACAUGGAGGUGGAGAUAGUGAGCCAGGUGUUGUCACGUGACCUCCGACCUGGUGACCUUGCCUUGGUGACCUCCAGCCCUGCCCUGGUUGUGGUGGGGGGCCAGCAGGAGGUGGUGUGGCGGGGGGUGAGGGAGCUGGCCAGGGGAGGGGGUGCUGUCCUCAUGCCCUGCCCUGCUACUUCAAAAAUUAAGGUGACUACCAACAUUACAAACAUUCUGGAGAAACCAACAUCGCCACAACAACUACUGCAAUUGAAGGAAGACAUUGACGACCUCAGGAAGAAAAGACUCGGAGGAGGAGGAGGAAGAGGAGGAGGAGGAGGAGGAGGAGGAAGAUUGUCUACUCAUAAUAUUUCGAAGGAUUUUAAUGUUUUUGCAUUCUUUGGCCUAGUGGAAGAUAUACAACAACUAUUCCACCACCACCAGAAUAUUAGUAGUGGUGGUGGUGGUGGUGGUGGUCUGGGUGCAGUGUGGCGGCGUGUGGUGGGAGGAGAGAGAGGGAGUGGAGUGGUGAUGGAUAGAAAUGGCCGACUAUUUCAAGAUGUGGCAACUCUGGAGCCUACAGACACGUUCAGGUACAAACAGACACAGGGUGGGGGUCUGGUGGUGGGGGUGGAGGGAGAGGGGGGAACUAAGGGGCUCCUCUCCCCCCUCCUCUUCUCCCCCUCCUCCUCCGUUCCCCUUCCCCCACUCCUCGUCAACCUGGCCGCGAGGGAGGUGGGGGUGAAGGCAGCCUGUGGGGGGUGUGAGGAUGAGCCCCUGCAACAACAACAACAACAACAACAACAACAACAACAACAACAACAAACGAUAACAGUGGUGGCAGCGGUAGGAUACGACAAUGACCAAGAAAACCAACACACAACAGGAGGAGGAGGAGGAGAAGGAGAAGGAGAAGAGGAGGAGGAGGAGGAGGAGGAGGAGGAGGAACAGACAUCUUUAACAACACCACCACCACCACCACCACCAACAAGAGGAGGAGGAGGAGGAGGAGGAGGCCAGCUUAUCCUUUCUUCCGAGUGUUCCUGCAGCGAGUAAGCCACGUGGCCACCUCUGUCCCCACACACCUGUCCUUGCACCUAAUUCUCCACCUCGCCAAGGACACACCUGCUGCAUAUGUGUCACUGGCGCGGUGGGCAGUUAGAAAGCGGUGUGGUGGUUACGUCAGCUGUUCCCUCAUUGGUCCACACCUUAACGACUCGCACACCUUAACGAGGCUCAGACGCAAGAUUCAAGAGCAGGACCCUGACCACCUCUUCCUCUUGGACCCCGCCGCCCACCUCACCCACGCCCACACCCUCACCCAUCUGCUGAACAAGAGGAGAAACGUGGUCGGCCCGGUCCUAACUUCGCCAGACGGACAAACACACAAUCUAUACAACAACAACAACAACAACAACAACAACAACAAUUUGCUGGGAGCAUUCGCCUCAAGAUUCAAGGAAGAAGGG